GGAAACGUGAAUAAACUCUGUAAAAUAAAAAUGGGACCGAAACAAGAAAGAGGUACACGAAACGAGGCAACUACCAAAGCGACAAAUCCCAACCGUCCAAACAACCUUUGAUGAUGCCGUCAAACAAUAUCCCAUUUCACCCCUCUCUCUCUCUCUCUCUCUCUACAAUUCCCUGCAUCAUUUCUUGAAAGUUGCUGUACGAAGAAAACCAGCCAGAAAUAUUUUUGUGGGCAAGAAAAUCCCGAUGCUGAGUUGUUGAAAAACUAGUGUUGUUGUGUGUGUGGAUCUUCGAGUUAUGGGAGAAGCAGCAGCGCCAAAUAAGGGGGGAAGUCUCAACGGAUUAUUCUCUCCGGUUUCUUCUGCUCCGGUUCUCUGGAAAUCUAGGAAAAGAUUAGCUGGCAGUGUGAAGAACACAAACGAGACGUUAGAUGGUUUGAGUAGUGACAAAACCCCGGAGAAACAACCCGAGUUGUCAGCAGAGGACAAGCUGCAGGAAGAACUGAACAGCCUCUCAGAGAAACGCAAGGCUCUAUUCGAACCACUGGAACCGGUGAUCAACGCAAACGGGAAACGACCUUCUGCAGAAUCCCUACUCCCGCCUCCGGACUUCGAAUCAGCGAGCUAUCCAAAGGGGUGGCUGAUCGGGAAGAAGCGGAAGCUAGUGAACGUGGAUGUUGUGGAGAGCAUGCGGAGGAUCGCAGUGCAGGAAAUGAACCGGAAGGAUAGGGAAAUUGAUGGGCUGAACGAGCAGUUGGAAGAGGACGCGCGAUGCCUGGAGCACCUACAGCUGCAGCUGCUCGAUGAACGGAGCAAACGGGCAGACGUGGAAAGACAAAACACGAUGCUGCAGAGCCAGAUAACGAUGCUCAUGGACAUGUUGCAGGAGAAUGAAGCAGUAGAGGAUCAAGAGACACAGGCAGACUCAUAAAUUUUAUUUUAUUUUGUUUGGUCAUAUAUAUAUAUAUGUGCUCUGUUCUUUUGUAUAUGUUUUAAGAAAAUAUUGUACUAAUAGAAAAGGUGUAAGACUUUUAUCAAAAAAAGAAAAGAAAAGGUGUAAGACUGAAGAGUGAAGAGAGAUGAGGUAUUUGCCAGUGUUGAAUGUGUAUCUCUACAUUUGUCCAUGUGUAUACAGUUUGUUCUAAGUUGUUAAUUUAGCAAUUCUUGGGACAA